GCAGACCCCGGGCGCCCAUGGAGUUGGCGUCGGAGCAGCAGCUGCGCGGGCGGAGCAGAAAGCAAGUGAUUGCUUUCCUUUCCUCAGUUUUGGAAGCCCUGCCUAACACACAGCUGCACCGUACAUCGCAGUUCCUGGAUGGACGAAGAAAGUGAACUGAUCCAGCCCCAAGACCAGAGCUGCUGGGCCACUCUGCCCGAUGUGUGUCUGUGCCGUGUUUUCUGGUGGCUAGGAGACAGGGACAGGUCCAGAGCUGCUCUUGUCUGCAGAAAGUGGAACCAGAUGAUGUAUUCUGCUGACCUCUGGCGGUACAGGACCAUCACCUUCAGCGGGAGACCUUCCAGGGUACAUGCAUCUGAAGUUGAGUCAGCUCUUUGGUAUGUUAAGAAGUUUGGUCGUUAUCUGGAGCGCCUGGAGGUCAAAUUCCUGAAUCCUUACAAUGCUGUCUUGACCAGGAAGUUCCAGGUCACCAUGCGGGGCCUCCUGUCUCGUCUGAGUAAGAGCAACAACCGUCUGAAAUCUCUUUCCAUCCAAUACCUGGAGCUGGACCGCCUGGUGUGGAGGAACAGCAUCAGGAGCUCAUUCAUCAAGAGCUUGAGCUUCUUCUUAAAGAAGAUGGGCAAACAUCUGGAAUAUCUCAACCUAAAAGGGGCCAGGCUGACCGUGGAGCAAGGCUGCCAAAUUCUCGACUCCCUCAGCUACAUGAGGAAUGAGAAUAUGAUCUCAGAGCUCAACAUCGAGGACUAUUUCAGCCAUCACCUUGCUGUCUACAGCAGCCCCCAGUUCAAAAAGACCAUGUCCACCUUCCACCGUCUUGUGUCCCUGAACCUCAACUACAACUGUAUCUCCGACGAGCUGCUUGAGAACUUGUGUGAGAACGCCAGCACCCUCCGGACCAUCAACAUCAAAUGCCACAUUCAUGACCCCCACGGACAGGUCAUCUGGGGUAUGUCCUGGGCCAAGCUGGCCAGGCAGGCCACCAAUCUGAAGGUGAACUUCUUCUUUGAACGGAUCAUGAAGUACGAACGCUUAGCCCGAAUCCUCUUGCAGGAGAUCCCGAUCAGGAGCAUCAGUCUGAGAAGCUGCUAUUUCAGUGACCCAGACUGGUCAAUGAGACCCACUCUGAUAGAUCUCCUGCCCACCUUCCGGCACACUCUGCAGAAAUUAACUUGUGAAUUCAACAAUAACCAUGAGUCACUCGACGAGGAGCUGCACCUCCUCAUCAUAUCCUGCAGGAAGUUGUUUUACUUCAAAAUCUGGGCUUUCCUUGAUGUUACUUUUGUGGAGCGGAUCCUGAAGAGUCAGAAAGAACGGCAGUGUGCCCUGCGUAUAUUCAAGGUGAGAAUUUAUACAAACAGAAAUGACACGAACGAAGAGGACAAGACCUUGCGGGAAAUUUACAGGAAGUACAGAAAGCUGAUCGAAUCAGAGCUUAGCUAUUUGGUCAUCGCUUACUCUAUAAUGUAAUGAGUGCUCUACAGAUGAAGAAAGCUAGGAGCACUUUGAACUUGAAAAUCAUUUCUCUUAGAACUACACUUGGGCACUGCCAGCCCUUUUGCUCCUCUCUCUCCCCACUUUUUUUGUCAGCUCCACAACAACACGAGCAGCCCAGCAAAAGCUGAGACUGCCGAUGACCUGAAGGCUCCAGGUGGCUUUAAAGCUUUAAAGCGCUAUGUUUACCAACUA